CAACCACAGAACCACAAGUGCGGUGCAAAAGGUUUUCUGCCGCGACGACAGGAGGGAGAGCGCCGGCGUGUCAAUGGUUAAUCCGUGCAGGUCAACUCCAGCCUCAGAGACCGAACAAGUCCUAUAGAGCUUGAGGGGUUGUCAAAAUCCAAAGGACGAGAAUAUUGGGAAGAACAUUCAAGAGAGGCUAUGGCAUCAAACAGCCUGUUCAGUUCGGUGGCUCCCUGUCAGCAGAACUUUUUCUGGGACCCCAGCGCCAGCCGGAGGUUCAGCCCCCCGUCCAGCAGCCUCCAGCCGCUCCCCGGCAAGAUGAGCGAGGUGAACCCGCCCGGAGCGCCGCAGGAGACCCCGGCGACGGCGCUGCCCCGCCUGCGGCAGCACGACAACCGCACCAUGGUGGAGAUCAUCGCGGACCACCCGGCCGAGCUGGUGCGCACCGACAGCCCCAACUUCCUCUGCUCGGUGCUGCCGUCCCACUGGAGGUGCAACAAGACCCUGCCGGUAGCCUUCAAGGUGGUGGCACUAGGAGAAGUACCUGAUGGUACAGUUGUAACAGUGAUGGCUGGAAAUGAUGAGAACUACUCGGCAGAGCUUCGAAAUGCCUCAGCCGUCAUGAAGAACCAAGUGGCACGCUUCAAUGACCUCAGGUUCGUGGGCCGGAGUGGAAGAGGCAAGAGCUUCACCCUGACGAUCACAGUGUUCACCAACCCGCCGCAAGUGGCAACGUACCACCGAGCCAUAAAGGUCACAGUGGAUGGACCGCGUGAGCCGAGAAGACACAGGCAAAAGCUGGAAGAUCCACCAAAGCCCGGCUUGUUUUCUGAACGGCUGAGUGAACUGGAACGUCUCCGACAGACCACCAUGCGGGUCACCGUGCCGACACAGAGUCCACGUCCGUCACUCAACGCAGCACCCACCCCUUUCAGUCCUCAAGGACAAACCCAGAUAUCUGAAGCCCGCCAGUCCCAGCCGUCGCCUCCCUGGUCCUACGAGCAGCCGUACACCCCUUACCUGAGUCAGAUGACCUCCCCUUCCAUCCACUCAACUGCUCCUCUGUCGUCCACCCGGGCCACAGGGCUGCCCGCUAUCAGCGACGUGCCACGGCGGAUCUCAGGUACCUCUGAUCUCAGCCCAUUUUCGGACCCACGGCAAUUUGAGCGUCAGUUUGCUGGCCUCUCGUCUAUCGCCGAGAGUCGCUUCUCCAGUCCCAGAAUGCACUACCCGGCCACCUUCACCUACACACCAACCCCGGUUACCUCAGGCAUGUCUCUGGGUAUGUCCACCACCACUCAUUACCACACUUAUCUGCCGCCACCCUACCCCGGCUCCACCCAAAAUCAGAGUGGGCCCUUCCAGACCAGCAGCACACCAUAUCUUUAUUAUGGAGCGUCAUCCGGGUCGUACCAGUUUUCCAUGGUGUCAGGGGGGGAUCGGUCACCCUCGCGGAUGCUCCCCCCUUGCACCAGUGCCUCCACAGGCAGCUCUCUGAUCAACCCCAACCUCCCCAACCAGACUGAUGGGGUGGAGGCGGACGGCAGUCACAGUAGCUCGCCUACCGUGCUAAAUUCCAGCGGGCGAAUGGACGAGUCCGUGUGGAGGCCAUAUUGAAAAUACCGUGUUCUCCCGUUGGAAUUAACCGCUCUUUCACCUUCAAGAAGAACAAUAGAGUGGAGUGAAAGACAAGUGUCUUAUUUUUAAUUUAUUUUUUUGUAAGCACAAAUACUCAUGGGAAAUAACGUUUCUUUUCGCAAGUACACUGCACUGUUCAAUGUCUCUAUGUUGAAAGUUUUUUGUUCAGAUCAAAUCAUAUUCGUCCAAUGAAUAUUUAUCCAGCAUGGUACUCAUCUUGGAUAUAUUCUUUGAGCAGUCUGAAGAAUUUAAAAAGAAUAAGAGGCAUUAUUAAAAUAUGUUUUUUUUUUUUUUUUUUUAUU